GCUGGUUAUAACACUGUGGACUCUGCCAGUUCUUUCACAAUUCCAACAGCCAGUGUCCCUGAGCUGUCUUCAAGCAGUAAUAUCAAUGUGACUGCUUGCUGGUCUUUUCAUGUUGAUGGCUCGCCAGAACUGCCAGCUAAUUUCCUACCUUUUGGAAAUGGAGAAAGAGUAUCACCCCGUUUGGAUAAUGGAAGCUCUGAAGCCAUUACAUUGCAGCAGCCUUUCAAGUUUUUUGGACGCACACACAACCAGACCUUUCCACUGCCCGACUACAUCCCUCUGCUGAAUUCUGGAAGAGACAUCGUUGCUCCUCUCUGGACUCACCUUGACAACAGACGUGGUGGAACUAUCUCUUAUAGAGAGGACACAAGCAGUGCUGUACUAGGGCUAGUCACUGCAGCUAUUGACCAAUACUUCCCCAACAUAACUUUUGCUGCUACAUCAGCUUUUGUCGCGACCUGGGACAGUGUGCCAUACCAGAGUGGUGGAGGGGAGGCUACUUUCCAAGUGGUUUUUGUCUCCAAUGUCCAUCGCUCCUUCAUCCUCAUCAACUAUGGAGACAUUGCAGAGACAGAACAAAUGUGGCUGGCUGGUUACAACACAUUGGACUCUGUCCAUUCUUUCACAGUUCCAGUGACCAGCGCCCCAGAACUCUCAUCCAGCAGCAAUGUCAAUGUGAAUGGUCGCCGCUCUUUCCAUGUUGACGGCUCACCGAACUUGCCAACUAAUUUCCUCGCUUCUGGGGAUGGAGAAAUUGUCAACCCCCCUGCUGAGGAUGGAAGCUCGGAUGUCAUUUUCUUGCAGCAGCCUUUCAAAUACUUUGGACGCACAUACAAUCAGAUCUUCGUGAACAACAACGGAUACCUAACAUUCACCGAGUCGCU